UAACUAAAAUUAAAAACAGUCUCCACCAUCCAAUAACUCCCCAAUCAACGGCUACAAAUAGACCUCUCCGUCCCCCUCCGGCUCUCACUUGCAAUACAAGCAAAAAAAUCAUAAAAAUGGACACCAUUUCUAGCUCUGCUUCACUCUCCACUCCACGAUUUCGGUGCUUUGAUCCUACAAAUUCGUUUCAUGCAACACAUAAUCAUAGCCACAGGCCUUACUUCUUCACUACUAGCUUCUCCUCAUCAUCAAACAAUUCUUCUACCAUUUGUACUACUGGAGACGAUUCUACAAAAGAAAGUAUGAGAAAGUCUGAGCCUAAAACCGUUGCUGGCCCAGCUGGUUACGUUCUUGAAGAUGUUCCUCAUUUCACAGAUUACAUAUCUGAUCUCCCAACAUACCCCAACCCAUUACAAGACAAUCCUGCCUAUUCAGUUGUGAAGCAGUAUUUCGUUAACGCAGAUGAUACUGUAGCUCAAAAGAUUGUUGUACAAAAAGAGAGCCCAAGAGGAACACACUUCAGACGAGCAGGCCCUCGUCAAAAGGUGUACUUUGACUCAGAUGAAGUGCAUGCAUGUAUUGUAACCUGCGGGGGUCUAUGUCCUGGUUUGAACACAGUGAUUAGGGAAUUAGUUUGUGGCUUGCAUGAUAUGUAUGGUGUCAACAGAAUUCUUGGGAUAGAGGGAGGAUACAAGGGCUUUUAUGCUAGGAAUACAAUUCUCCUGACUCCAAAGGUUGUAAAUGAUAUCCAUAAACGUGGGGGCACCAUUCUUGGAACAUCAAGAGGAGGGUAUGAUACCUCGAAGAUAGUUGACAGCAUUCAGGACCGAGGCAUCAAUCAGGUUUACAUAAUUGGAGGAGAUGGAACUCAGAGGGGGGCUUCGGUGAUUUUUGAGGAAAUCAGAAGACGAGGCCUCAAAGUUGCUGUGGUUGGGAUUCCAAAGACCAUUGAUAAUGACAUUCCGGUUAUAGACAAGUCCUUUGGUUUCGAUACUGCGGUUGAGGAGGCUCAGCGAGCAAUUAAUGCUGCACAUGUUGAAGCAGAGAGCUUUGAGAAUGGCAUUGGUGUUGUCAAGUUAAUGGGCCGGUAUAGUGGAUUUAUAGCAAUGUUUGCAACUCUUGCUAGCAGAGAUGUAGACUGUUGCUUGAUUCCAGAAUCACCCUUCUACCUUGAGGGCCCUGGUGGACUGUUUGAAUACAUCAGAAAAAGACUGAAAGAACAUGCUCACAUGGUUAUUGUGAUUGCUGAAGGCGCCGGACAAGAGCUUCUUUCAGAAAGUAUGCGAACCAUGGACAAGCAGGAUGCUUCAGGAAACAGGCUACUCCAAGAUGUUGGUCUGUGGAUUUCCCAAAAGAUUAAGGAUCACUUUUCACAAGACCAAAAGAUGAAUAUCACUCUCAAAUACAUUGAUCCUACUUACAUGAUCCGUGCGGUUCCAAGCAAUGCAUCUGAUAAUGUCUACUGCACCCUACUAGCUCACAGUGCCAUUCACGGUGCGAUGGCAGGAUAUACAGGGUUCACAGUGGGACCUGUCAAUGGAAGACACUCUCACAUACCAUUUCAUAGGGUGAAUGAGAGAAGGAACAAGGUUGUGAUUACAGAUAGAAUGUGGGCAAGGCUUCUUUCUUCAACAAAUCAACCGAGCUUUCUGGAUCCUAUGCAUGUCAUUGAGGACAAAUUAGAGGAAGAACCUGAGAGCCCAUUACUAGAUGGGGAGAAUCACGCAGAUACAACGACAGCUGAGUAAAAUGGACAACAGCACUACAUGCCAAUUUGAGAGCUUUGAUUUGGACGAUCCAAUUUCUAAAGCAUACUUUUCUUCCUCUCGAACCAGUUUUUACAUGUACCAAGGUUUCAAUGUUAGACAAAACAUAUGAAAUGUCAUGGUUCAGAAAAGAAGAGGCUUCAAUAUAUAACAUAUGAAUAACGUACGAGCCUCUAAAAAAAAUGGAAUCAAUUCUUGUCAACAGAAUGGAAAUUUAUCUCGAAAUAGUUAUAUUCUUCUUCAA